AGGAGGAUGUACUAUUGGAAAUAUAGGGAACGAGGCAGCGAGGAGAAGUUUGUUUUCUUGUCAGUUUAGUAAAAGCAAUAAGCAAACUUGCAAUCGGUGAUCACCCUAGCAGAACAACCCAAUUCCUGAUACGAUGUAUGACAACUAUUUUCCACGGAUGACAAUGUUAUUUUCUAUCGUAUCCAAAGCUCAAGCUUUAUUCGAAACGCCCAUUUUUGUCUCUACUAAGAUGAGAGCAAGCAGUGGUAGAGCGCAUGCUCAAAGCGUCGUUCUACGCAAAUUUGCGCCAACUCCAUGGUGAGGAUGAAGCUAGCACUGUCAGGGCUGAUGCUUUGCUAGCAUUUAUUCAUAACAAUAAUACCAGCUACAGUUUCUGCGCUGUUUCCCCCGAUAUACAAGGAUAAUACUUCAUCUAUUUGCAAUUAUAUGUCAGGUAUGUGAGCUACAGGUGUUUGAUUGUAUUAUUUUAUUAUGGAAGGGAACAAAUAUGCCUCUGUAAACAGCAUUAUAGCUAACGUUAGCUUCAACCACAGGCGUAGAGACAAGCACAACCACCAUGUACAGUACAAAGCUAGGCCUCAGUAAGGACUAAGGCCAAACGCCGAAUAUCUUUUAUCCAAUUUGGAAACAAGAAGGAGUACUUUGUCUUUUUGCAUUACACGGUUGGGACAACGUGGAAGAUCAACAAUUCAAGGCUGACCAAGCUAAGGAUUUCAUGAAGAAACGACUCUUCGUCUUUGAACUGUAAAGGGAGGCAUUGUAUUGAAUCUACCUCGGAAACAACAUUAUGUUUUCCAAAAACCAUUAACUAGUUAACGAAUAGGAACUUGUUUAUUUCCCCAAGACUUGUCGUUUUAGGAAAUAAUCUGCUUGAAGGAUUCGUUAUUAACGGAGCUCUGAUUGUUUGCUCACUUCGGCUGUUUGAAUGUGGGAUAAAAUGGAGACCCCAGCGAUUGUCUAUGAUCUUGACACCUCUGGUGGUCUUAUGCAGCAAAUACAAGCAUUGCUUGCGCCUCCCAAGUCUGAAGAUGGAGAAAAAAGAAGUCGGAAACCAGAUAAAAAUGCCCGGAGAGCAGGGAGAGCCACGAAUCACGACACUUGUGACAGUUGCAGAGAGGGAGGCGACCUUCUCUGUUGUGAUCAUUGUCCCGCCGCCUUUCAUUUACAGUGCUGCAACCCACCCCUGAGUAAGGAGAUGCUGCCCCCUGGAGACUGGAUGUGUCAUCGCUGCAUGGUGCGCAGGAAGAAGCGGGAGCUGAAGAAGGAGCAGAUUAAUGGUCUGCUGGAGCGCCAGCUGUCUAAGCAGUCUUCCUCCCCUGCAGCAGAGUUAGAGCUUGCCCCAGGCACCCUGAGGCUGGACCCCACGGCAGCAGUAGGAGGCACGACAGGGCUGAGGGCUACAGCUGUUGCCCAGGUCCGUCUCCUGGAGAGGAGGCCCAGCAGCAGACCCAACACCCCCACCUCCACCGCCUCCACAGACACCCCCACGCCAUCGGAGCAGAAUUACAUGGAUGACGACAUGCUAGACGUGGAGGACGACGCCCAGGGCUCGGAGCCCGAGAGCUCCACCCCACACCUCAAGAGGCCCUUUGACCUUCUGAUAGCUGCUGCCAUGGAGAGGAACCCCACGCAGUUCCAGCUCCCCAACGAGCUCACCUGCACAACUGCACUUCCAGGAACUAGUAAAAAGAGGAGGAGAGAUGAGAUGACAGGAAAGAAUGUGAAGCGACCGCAGCACGAGCUGGACCACAAUGGGCUGGUCCCACUGCCAGUGAAGGUCUGCUAUCCCUGUGGAAGGAGCUGCAGGCUGGCACCAUUAAUCCAGUGUGACUAUUGCCCCCUUUUGUUCCACAUGGACUGUCUGGACCCCCCUCUUACUGCCAUGCCCGUGGGCAAGUGGAUGUGCCCCAAUCACAUAGAGCACAUGGUGCUGAAGCAGAGGAGCCUGACGUUGAGCGGCCGCUGCCAGCUGUUUGACCAGUUUCAGGACAGGAUGUCCCAACACGCCGUCAAGGUGGAUUUCCUGCAGCGGGUGCAUCGUCUCAAUCCCCCCAUUCGCCGAGGAGCCCACACACACCUGAAGAAAACCCUCAAGGUCCCUGAUGCUAUAAAGUCCCAAUACAAGUGUCCCCCGGCCAUGAUGGCCCCUGCUGGGAUCCGCAAUGGGGAGCUGAUCUGUAACGGCAGUCCAGAAUCCUCCCACCAGCACCUUACACCCUCUCAGCACUUAACGAGCGAGGACGAGCAACAGGAGUGGCUGCGUGACGUCAUCACACUCCAGUGCAGCAUAGUGAGACAUCUAUCGGCCAAGCAGAAGGAGAAGCCAUCGUCUGAGUGGGACUCUGAGCAAAUGAACAAGGCCGACAUCAAACCUUGUGGAACAGCGGAGGAGGGCGGUGCAGUGUGCACUUCUAACAGGACAGAUUCGCCAGCCUCCAAGCCUAAGGCUGACAGUGCAGCAUUUUGCCCCCAGGGGGCGCCUGCACUCAAAGAAGGCAAGUGUAGCAUGUGUACAGAGAAGCCUUGUCAUUACUGUGGGCCCAGUAAUGUUAACAGUCCUCUGGAGCAGCUGGCUCGGACCAAUGGGAGUUCAGAGGCCUGCAGACAGGAAGACCUCUACAAACUGAGAGAGCCCUCGGGUCCUGAUAGGCCUAUUCCUCAGACACCAGCAGCCCCUGGCCCGGAGUUACCCAACCACACUGGAAGAGCUGUGGUCAAGACUGAGAAAACCCUGUUAAAACCCUGUGCAGUGACAUCAUCCCCAUGCACCAGUCCCUUCAAACCAGAACCCAGAGGUCCCUCUCCACCUCACAGACCCUCCCAAGGCACAGAGGGCCCUGCUCGGACCACUAGCAGCAGCACCGCAGUGACCCGUGCCCUCACCCCACCUGGAACACCAUACCAGAUCAAGGGCACGACCAAGCUGGUCUCCACUGCCCCACCAGCAGGUGGAAAAGUCAAUAUUGAUGCUGUGACCCCCAGGAGUGGUUCUCUGCUCCCCAGCUCUUUCUCUAUGGGAGACCUGUCCAGCUGUCUGAAGGCUGUGGCAGACUGCCAUGGUGAGAUUCAGAUGAGUAGUCUAGAUGAGAAGUUUAUUGAACUCCUGGCCUGGCAGAGGAUCCAGCAGUUGUUUGGCCCUAAAGCUCCUUCCCCUCCACACAGCAGCUGUAUCAGCCUACCUCCUGUACCACAACCCCAGCCUACGGAAGCACAAAACAAGGAUAUCCAGGCCAGGGCUGUGUUUUAUCCUUUGACUGGGAAAGGAGGAGCUUGUAGUAUGUGCUACAGAAGCCUGUACAUAGGAACUGGUGCUGACAUGGACGUGUGCCUUACAAACUAUGGUCAUUGUAAUUAUGUGUCAGGCAAACAUGCCUGCAUCUUUUAUGAUGAGAACACCAAGCAGUAUGAGCUUCUCAACUACAGUGAACACGGGACCAUGGUGGAUAAUGUGCUGUACUCCUGUGACUUCUCUGAGAAGACUGGCCCCAGCCCCUCCAGCAGCCUGGUCUCCAAAGUGCAGAACAUUAUCAAGCGCUGCAAGAGGAGGAAACAGGAAGUGGAAGGUGUGGGGGAGCCCAUGGUGCUAGAGGAGGGGGGGAUGAGCCAGUGUCAAGGGACUUUGUCCAGAUCCUGCUGCGACUGCAAGGCCAGCAGCUCCAGUCUGAUUGGGGGCAGUGGGGCAGGCUGGGAGGGCACUGCCCUGCUCCACCACGGCAGCUUCGUCAAGCUGGGCUGCAUGCAGUUUGUCUUCAGUAUUACAGAGUUUGCCUGCAAGCAGCCCAAAGAGGAAACCCUGACUACCCCAAACACCACCUCCCAGAGCCAGGAAGGAACAGAACCCUCUGACAAGCACACCUCCCAGCUCCACCAAGUGCCAGUGAUACAACCUAACCUUGUCCCCUAGCUCUGUUCCCACAUCAACAGAACCAGGCUCAGCAGCUGUACUUGUAUACUGUAUAAAAUAAAAAGGGAAAGCGUUCUUAUUUUAUGUUCAUACAUUUGCAUGAAAUUAAGUAUUUUUAAGACUCAUAUUUUGUGGGCAAGUUGCACAUAGAAUUUAUAUUUUUUGUAAAUGGACAACUUUGGCAUUGAAAAAAGGGAUGGUUUAUCGUAGACAUGCGAAAAAAUAAGCAACGUCACUUGUAAAGUACCCAACUUGUUGUAUUUUGUGCCAGUAAUGAUGCUUCUUUCUCUGAAAAUGCUACUUUUAUUUGCUCUUUAUCAUUUUAGUUUGUACUGUAUUUGAAAAUGUAGUUCAGAUGUUUGUUUUGCUACUAUUGCACUACAGGUAGCAGCUAUAUAUUCAAACCUAUGUGUACACAUCCAUGCUUAUACAUACAUGGGUGUGUGUGUUUUAAAUAUCCACACACAAAUGUACAUGAUUAAGAAUUAUUUUUCAGCAGAACAAGGGAAGCAUAGGAUUCUGUAUGCAAACUCAAAUGAUGGCCAUUUUGGCUUAAAUCUGUACAGUGCUUCAUGUGAAUUUUGUGCAGUAGUUUUCAAAAGUGUUAGUCCAGUUUUUUUCAAUACUAUGUCAACAUAGUAAAUGGUCUGUUUUUAGAAAUAAUUCAUCAAAUGUUUAUGUACUCUGUAAAUACAAAUCCACUUUGACUUUG